CUUCACUGUUUAAAUUAAGUGACCUCUGUGUCGCUAUAUCACCGAAACCCAAGUGAUAAUCGUCAUUUGAGUACUAACAUCGCCAUGGACAUAACCUUCAGUGGAAAGCGCGCUCUGGUUACAGGAGCGAGUCAAGGAAUUGGCCGCGAUAUCGCCCUUCAACUAUCCAAAUGUGGCGCCCAAGUCUUCGCCGUGGCCCGUAACCCCCACCUUCUAUCCACCCUUCGCGACGAAGACCCUUCCAUCCAAACCCUUUCCGUGGACCUCACCGACUGGGCCGCCACCAAGCAAGCCGUGUCUAAAAUCCUCCCCAUCGACCUCCUCGUCAACAACGCCGGGAUCGUCAUCCUGAAACCAGUACCCACGUUCGACGAAGACGACGUCGACCGCUUGUUCGACAUCAACGUCAAAGCCCUAAUUAACGUCACGCAACUGGUCACGAGUGACCUCCUCUCCAGAAAGGUCCCAGGGGCUGUAGUUAACGUAUCGUCGCAAACCGCAAAAGUCGGGUUAGAAAGGCACGCUGUGUAUUGUGGUACCAAGGGGGCUGUGGAUGCCUACAGUCGUGCCGUGGCUCUAGAACUAGGACCCCACAACAUCCGAGUUAACUGUGUCAACCCCACGGUGAUUAUGACCGAAAUGGGGAAACAAGGGUACUCCGACCCGAACUUAGCCGAGCCGUUGAAGCUGAAAAUCCCGCUAAGGAGAUUCGGGGAGGUUCGCGAGGUCACCGAUGCGGUGUUGUUUUUGUUGAGUGAUAAAUCCACUAUGAUAACUGGGGAGUCGCUUUUGGUUGACGGGGGAUACGUUCAAGUUUAAUAAAUAUUUUAUCAAAA